AUGCGCAUCAUCUGCGAGUACAACCGGGGCCGAUCGCCUCUGGAAUGGAUGCAUCGAUACCCGACUGCGCCCCUGAUACGAUUCCGAGAGCUUGGGAUUUACAACUAUCUUGUCCUGGCAGACGAGGAAGCUUUGCGAGAUGUCUUGGUGAAGAACUCCUAUGAUUUUGAGAAACCAAAGGAAGUUCGAGCCGCAAUCGCAGGCAUGGUCGGACACGGUUUGGUCACAUCGGAAGGGUCAGACCAUCGAGCACUACGCCUCGCCAUCGGCUCGGGGUUCAAUAUCCAUAGUGCGCGGAGGUUUUAUUCAGUUAUUUGGCAGGAGACCCGUGAUUUCCUAGCUCGAUUACAGCAGGAUGUUGCGACAGGAUCUUCACAUGAUGCGGAAGUUGCGGCAGGGAUUGAUGUUAACAACGUCUUCCGUAAACUGUUCAUCAACAUCAUCGGAAUAAGGCUUGUGGGGGACCAUUGGCGUGGAGUGUCGGACGGACCAAAGAAGGUUGGCGAUGCGUUUGACAAGAUCCUGGAACCCAGUUUAGGAAAUAUUUUCUCCUUUGCGAUGUACCUGGCCUUUCCACGCUGGGUGAAGCUGACAGUUGCCGCGCAGUUUGAACUCUUAGCCUUCACAAUGUCCUGGUGCUGCUAUGAGUUAGGUUACAACCCGUCGUUUCAAGCUCAUCUUCGCCGUGAGGUUAAAGACGCUCUUUCUACAGACAGAGAGGGAUCAUGGGCCACUAUGGAGUCUCUCCCAUUGCUAAACGCAUUCUGUUUGGAAGUGCUCCGUCUUCACCCCAUCGCACCUGUGACUGCUCGACAAGCUAUCCGCGAUACAACAAUUGCAGACGUAAAAGUUCCCCGCGGUACUGGAAUAAUUCUCUGCCCCUAUGCCAUGGCUCGGUGUCGCCAUAUAUGGGGUCCUCGAAGCAACGAGUUUUACCCGGAACGGUGGAUUGUGCUCGAUGAACAUGGACAGAAAAAGAUCGACCCCACAGGUGGCACCUCUUCGAAGCAUGCUUCCCAUCCAUUCCUUUUCGGUCGACGUGAAUGUCUUGGAAAGGAGCUUGUAAUGGCUCAAAUGCGAUGCGUCGUCGCUGCGGUUACCGAGCAGUUUUCCAUCGAGCUGCAAGGCCCUCCUGGAGAUAAUCCU